AUGUCCGGCCUUGUUUCUGACGAAAUUGCGGAGGACUACAAGAGUUCAUUGGAGGAUCUAACCACCAACGAUGGAAUCCAGAUCCGCACUCUGACUGUUAUUGCCAAAGAGAAUACCGAACACGCAAUGGCUAUCUCCCGGGUCCUGGAGAACCACAUUCGAUCAACUCCACCCCUGCAGAAGCUUCCAGCCCUCUAUGUAGCUGAUUCAAUCGUGAAGAACGUUGGAAGCCCCUACACCCUCUUCCUUGGCCGGAACAUGUACCAGACAUUCAUGAAUGUUUAUACUCUCGUCGAUGGAAACACCCGAAGGAAGCUGGAUGAGAUGCUCAACACAUGGAAGCAGCCGGCCCCAGGCUCCCUGGACACGCGCCCAGUCUUCCCUCCGGACAUCACACGCAACAUCGAGAGUGCUCUCAUCAAAGCACGCACUGCGGCUUUGCAACAACAACAGGCCAGGGCCCAACCGGACAUCAUCGGCCGUAGUCGUGGAAAUGGGACUCCAACUGGGUGGUCAAACAGCUCUACACCACCUCAGAACAUGUCUCGGCCUUCACAAAACCACCAGUAUCCCAAUAAUGGUCAUUCCAAUUCGACACCUCCCCAGACACAUCGACAAGAUAUUGAUUUGAGCUAUCUCAAUCGAGACGUGGAUGCCCUGAUCGCUUCUGCAAAAAUUGACUUUGCUAACAGUCCUUUUAACCCCGUCUCUCAACAACGCUUGAAAGCGUUGGUGGAUCUUCAAGCCAUUCUACAGAAACAACAGCUUGCCCCGGAUCAGUUGAAACUUGUCCGUGAUCAGGUCUCUGCUCUUGCUGCCACAAGACCGCCGUCGGCUGCCCCUAAUGCCACUACGAAUGGCCCUGCAGUGUCCGCUCCUCCACAGAUUCCCACCCCACCAGCCCAACCAGUCUCGCAGCCCCUUCAGCAACUAUUGAACCCUAACACUCUCGCCGAGCUGAUCAAAGCUACCGCUUCCCGUCAACAGUCCACCCCACCACCUCCAAUUCCGGCAGCGCUGCCUCAGAUGCCCCAAUAUCCUCACCAAAGCGUCCCUCCACAGACAGCGCCGGAGAACCCUCUUAUUGCGGCCUUGAGGGCACGUGGACUUCUACCUGGUGGAUCGACGCCCUCAUCUCUUACGCCUUCGACUUCGACGCCAGUUUCUGGUAGAUCUAAUCUGCCAUUCAUCUUGCCCCAUGGAAUGCAGCCUACACCGACAGCUGCGUCUCAAACCCCAAUUCCUCCCAAUGCAUCCUCUGGAGUCCCCAUGACCACCGCGUCUAUGAAGAUCCCUCGAUUCGGACUUAUUGUCUCUCUUUAUGAUUCCCGGCCGAACCGAUGUGGAACUUGCGGCCGUCGCUUCUUGACCACGGACGAAGGCAAGGAAAUGAAAGCCCGGCAUCUGGACUGGCAUUUCAAGACCAAUCAGCGCAUGACCGAGUCCUCCCGGCGGGCUCAGAAUCGCAGCUGGUAUGUUGACGAAAGGGACUGGAUCAAAUCUCGGGAGGCUGGCGACGAGAAUGGUGCUGCGGAUCCCCAAGCCACCACCCAAGGAGCUGCCGGCGUGGAUGGCAAUACCAAGCAAGAGCCACCAAAGCCGUGGAUUCGAGCUCCGAACGAUGCCACUCUCCGCAACACCCCGUGCCCCAUCUGCCAGGAGAAAUUCGAAUCGACCUGGUCUGAAGAUGUCCAGGACUGGAUCUGGCAAGACGCGACCAAGGUCGGAAGUCGUGUGUAUCAUGCCAGCUGCUAUUCCGAAGUGACUAAGGGCCCUGCACCGACGCGCCAGACACGGACCAGCACGCCCGACCUAGUCCUGGGCAAGCGGAAAGCUGAACUUACUUCCACCAUGGCGCCGCACAUUGUUCGAUGGGGUAUUAUGGUAUUCACAAAUGACCUUCUCAUCGACCCUAAUGUCCGCGAUGCCCCUGACGUAGCCCACCAAGUCGUGGCCGUCGCCUCGUCCUCGUCCAAGGACAAAGCUGAGCAAUUCAUCUCGGCUCGAGGAAUCACAACCCCCUGCUCCGCAUACGGUGACUACGAGACUCUCGUGGCCGACCCCAACGUCGAUGUCAUCUACGUCGCAACCCCGCACUCCCACCACUACCAGAACGUCAGACUCGCGCUGGAGGCAGGCAAGAAUGUUCUCUGUGAGAAAGCCUUCACUGUCAACGCUGCUCAGACUAAGAUUCUCGUCGAGAUUGCCCGCAAGAAGAAUCUCUUCCUUAUGGAAGCUGUCUGGACUCGCUACUUCCCCCUCAGCAUUCAGAUCCGCGAGCUCAUCAAGAAGGGUGAGAUCGGCGAGGUUCUCCGUGUCGUGGCUGAUACGAGCUUCGGUGAUGAUGUUGAGACGAAAUGGGGUACCACUCACCGCAUGGUGAACCCUGAUUUGGCCGGUGGUGCUCUCCUGGAUUUGGGUAUCUACUCCUUGACCUGGGUCUUCCAGACUCUCUACCACACCCUACCCCGAGACCAGAGGAAGCCACCCACUGUCUCCUCGCAGAUGACUCCUUAUCACCUCACCGGUGCAGACGAGUCCACAACCAUGCUCCUGAGCUUCCCAACAAGCACUCCAUCUAAUGGCCCGCACCCACAACAAUCGCACGGUGUAGCCAUGACCAACAUCCGUGUCUCUGCUGAUCCGGAUGAGAAGGGCUCGGCUGGUCCUCCCAUCCGUAUUCAGGGCACUAAGGGCGAGAUCCAGGUGUAUGGCCAGCCCUUCCGGCCAGAGAGAUACCGUAUCAUUCCCAAGAAGGGUGCCGGUGAGAUUCGUGAGGUUCAGUGCCCGUUCCCUGGGAAUGGUAAGGGUAUGUACUGGGAAGCUGAUGAGGUUGCUCGUUGUCUCCGCGAUGGCAAGCUCGAGAGUGAGGGCUUGCCAUUGGAAGAGAGUAUCGUGAUUAUGGAGGUCAUGGAUGAGGUGCGAAGGCAGGGUGGUCUGACCUAUCCUCGGAAGAUUGAGUCGACUGAGUACCCUCAGGGAUUUUAG